AAUGAGUAUCAUGUUUUAGUAAGUACAUCUGCAAUGUACUUCUUCCACUUAAUGCUAUGUGUCAUUGAGAGGUUUCUUUUUCUUUAAUCAAUACACAAGCAUUUAUGAAAAGAUUUCUACAUCAUGAAUUGAAACAAACUGAAAUUAGAACAAUGUGCAACUUCCAUCCUUUGCUUCUAGUGUUGCCCCGUGGGGCCAAACAGCAAGUCUUCCUGGGGAUUCUUUUCCAAGUGACAACAACUCUUAGAAGAUUUCAAGUCUGCAGAGGAUCAUCUUUCACAUUGUUCAAGGACUCUUCUCCUAUCCAUAGUUGUGAAAGGUUGCUCCACAAUGACUAUGGCAAGAUACAGGCCUACGUGGGACCUGGCGCUUGAUCCCUUGGUGUCUUGUAAACUCUGUCUUGGGGAAUAUCCUUUGGAGCAGAUGACAACAAUAGCCCAGUGCCAAUGCAUCUUCUGUACCCUGUGCCUGAAACAGUAUGUUGAGCUAUUGAUCAAAGAAGGAUUAGAAACUGCAAUUAGCUGCCCAGAUGCAGCUUGUCCAAAACGAGGUCAUCUACAAGAGAAUGAGAUUGAAUGUAUGGUUGCAUCUGAAAUUAUGCAAAGAUAUAAAAAGCUGCAAUUUGAAAGAGAAGUGCUAUUGGAUCCCUGCCGGACAUGGUGCCCAUCUUCUACCUGCCAGGCUGUUUGCCAACUUCAAGAUAUGGGGCCACAAACACCACAGUUGGUGCAAUGUAAAGCAUGCAACAUGGAAUUUUGUUCUUCUUGCAAAGCCAAUUGGCAUCCUGGACAGAGCUGCCAAGAAACAAUGCCAGUCACCUUCCUCCCAGGAGAAACAAGUGUCUCCCACAGCUCAUCUUUCAAAAUAGACGAGGAAGAUGCCCCAAUCAAACGCUGCCCAAAGUGCCGAGUGUACAUUGAACGGGAUGAAGGCUGUGCCCAAAUGAUGUGCAAAAACUGCAAACACGCAUUCUGCUGGUACUGCCUUGAGUCCUUAGAUGAUGACUUUCUCUUAAUACAUUAUGAUAAAGGACCUUGUCGGAACAAGCUUGGCCACUCCAGAGCAUCUGUGAUCUGGCACAGAACACAGGUAGUGGGCAUUUUCGCUGGCUUUGGCCUUUUGCUGUUAGUGGCCUCCCCUUUCCUGUUACUGGCGACACCCUUUGUCCUCUGCUGCAAGUGCAAGUGUCAUAAAGGCGAUGAUGAUCCCCUGCCGACCUAGACCAACGGAAGACUGGACUCCUGCCUUUGGGGAAACGUGGUUCCCCCCUCCUCCCACGCCCUCCCCUGCCCUUGCACUCCCCACCGUUACACGUGCCCCAUCCUGCUUCCCAGCGACACACGGUGCCAUGAAUCUGGGGACUGAUGUCCAGGCAGUCGCAAAGGCUCACUUGCAAAGAUCCGGAAGGAAUAUGGAAGAUGAUUCGGACAUGGAGUGCCUGUUGUACAUAAGAGAAACAUGUCAGCAGGUUUUCUAAGGGAGUCACAGUAAAAUAUGUGAUAACUUUGUAUGGCCAGAAACUCUGGGGAGGGAAGCCAAACGUGGCAGAUCCAUAGCCUAGGAGACAAAGCUAAAUCCCUUUAUACCAAUCUCCAUCAAGAUGGGAUCCUCCUCUUUAGAGAAGGGAGAUGAGAAUCACUUGUCACUUCCAAUAAACGGCGUGAGCAGAUUUUGGAGAAGAUCUCUGUUGAUUACACUCCAUUUAGGCAUCGCCAAAUCCUUUUCAGUGGGAGUUCUUUUUGUUUUUUGUUCUGUUUUUCAUCUGGAUAGGAGAGAAAUUAAUCAGUGGGCCUAGAGACCAUUUCAGGCCCUUUUGAAGGUAGAGGGUGGAGGAUCCUGUGAGAGGAGAGGAGAAUUGCUGUCUCAAAAUUUGUCUGGCUUUGUUGCAUUUUGAAACACUUAAAAAAUCUCAUGUGCUUUGUGUUGUUCUGAUGUUGUUUGAAAAGCUGGGGAGUAGUAAGGGACAGAGAUCCACCUCAUGGAUGCUCUUUGUGAAAAUUACUGCCAUGUUUGAAAGAACAUCCCUGUUGUGGGUCUUUCCAAAUUUGUUUGAUUGUUUAAGGAUGCACUCCACACAUAGGGAUCAUAAUUUCUUCUCCAGGUAUCAGGAUUCUUUAUAUGUCUCUAAACCAAAUGUGUAAAUAGUUCAGUUCAGAGUUGCUAGGGUUUAGAAAACUUGAAGCAGCUUGUUUCUAUAAUAUGAAAAAAGAAGAAAGAGUAGUGCAGUAUUACUGUCUCAUUAACUCUCUGCAGACUCACUCAUAUCCCAGGAGGUCUCUCUCUUUAAGAAAGCAAGAAAAUUUCUCGUCUCUGUAAGACUAGAGAAGUUCCUGGAAUUUGUAUCUCACUUUCAAAAGUUAGUCAGCUAAAGAAAUAUUUUCUCUUUCUAGUGCUAUUAAUAGUCCCACUAUAACCAACAUUUACCGCCCCCCCCCCCCCAAAAAAAAAAAAGUCAUUCAAUUCUCAUUGGGGUUUAGUUCUUUUGUCUUCUCUGGCACUUUGUAAUGGUUACCAAGAUUCAGAAGUUACCUGGAGGCUGACAGCAUUCAACCCAAUCAAAAAAUGCAAAUUACAUUCUCCAUAUGAGCUUUGAAAAAAAUGGAAAUUGUACAAUUUGAUAGUGGUUUAUGAUAAAAUGGGCUAACAGCCACAAAUGUUAUUUGUAGGCAGACUGACUGCUUUUCUUGUAUCACAGAAAUAUAAUGGGUCCGAUAUAUUAUCAUUAGACUGGUUUUCUAUACUGCACUAUAUUCCUGGUUGCUUACAUGAUCUACUGUCCAUGUGAAAAAUCAAUCCAGGGCUUUUAUUAGAGAUAUUUUUAUUUGAUAGAUUUUAGUUGAACUAUGCCUGCUUAGGAUCAGAGUUGAUAAGGGGUUUUUAGAUCAUUUAAACAAAACAAAUUCAUUCUUCACAAGAGGAGUUAGAUUAAGAGAAGGGUUAUGACUUGAAUAAAAACAGUUGAGGAGUAAAUAGCAGAGCCAGGGUUGGAACCCAAAUCCUGUCCCCAAGGCCAGUGGUUUCUACCACACUGUGCAACUUUCCUAGUUAUUUCUAUCAGUUUUUCAUGUUGAAUUAUCAGAAUAUUUAUCUCACUUCUCAACUUGCUUUUCUAUACACAUAAUGAAAAUAGGGCACCAUUCUAUUUCUUGGCACACUUUACUCUUAGGGAAUUACAAAAUAAAUUGUCUCCCUUUCACUCUUAUAUCAAGUUUACAAGGUGAACCAAAUCCAUUUUUAGAGUGAGUUGACUUCUAAUUUUUUACUUUCCCUUCAAAUGAUUAUUUUAAAAUUUACUACUGACUAAAUAGUAGAGCCUUUGAGAUAAACCCACUUAAGAUUGAAACUCAAAAUGUGGGUAUGCUGGGCAUAAUUAUCAAGGAGGGCCCUGGGUAGAAUUAUUUGAUAAAUGGAGGAAGGGGAUUGAAAUCCUCUUUAGAGAACAUUAUAUAAGAAGUGAAUAAGGAAUGAAUGCUAGAGGCCUCAGCAGAGACUCCAGGAAUUAAAUAGCUUAGAAAAAUCAUCAACAAACUAUCACAACGCAUGGCUAAUGACCAGUUUUUUAUCACAUUUGGGCUGAUCUCCCUCUUGCUUACAAGAGCCACUGCGCAUGUCAAUAAUCAUGAUCAUUAAUACUCUUUCUGUCCUCUAAUUGUUGGCAUUUGUGUAUCCUGAUCUUGGGUCAUCAAGCUUAGGUUUUAGUACUUAGGAACUUUAAGAUCUGAGAAUCAGAGACAUGGCAGUGACCUUUCAGGUCAUCGAAUUUAAUUCAUUUCCAGUAGAAGAGUUUCCUCUGCCACACUCCUAAUGAGUUGUUGUUCUACCUUUGGUUGAACAUCUCUAAUGGCAAGGAACCUCCUAUCUUAAGACAGCACAUUCUGCUAAUGGAACAUUUCCAUUUUAAGAAAAUUCUUCCUCAUGCUAAAAGAGUUUAUAUAAUAUAAUUUGCAUAAUAACAUUUUCAUAAUUUCAUAAUUAUUUAUAAUUGCAAAGUUGAAGCCUCAGAUGAAAUGUAGCCUUUGAUUGUUACAAUUACUCUCUGAGGUAGAUAGUAUGUUAUUAGCCUCAUUUUCCAAAUGAGGAAACAAGUUCAGAGAAAUUAAACAAUUUGCCAAAGCCUACAGAAUUAACUCAUGAGAAAAUCUGAACUUGAAGGAGGGCUUGCUGACUUCAGCAAGCUGACUUUGUGAACAGCCCAAAGUCCAUCAAUUACUAAAAGAUUAGGUCUCUCUAUCAAGUGUGAGCCCCACUGGUUGAGGCAUGAAAUCCCACCUGGAUAAGAUUUCCAUUUGUAUCCAAACUUGUAUUUGGACUCUGAUUUUCAGUGGGCAUUUAAUUGAUGAUGGUAAUAGCUUAUUUUUUUUUCUAUUUCGCUUUGAAGUUUACAGAUAAUUUUCAUUAUAAUACCUAUUAGCAUAAGCAUUAUUAUUCCCAUUUUUCUGAUAAGAAAUCUGAGGCUUAAGGUUAUGAAGUUAUUCCCUGUCCUCAUGGUCACCUAUGGAGUAUCUACUCCAUACAUUUCCAUUGCCAAUCACAGGGACUAAAGUAUAAAAAUAAAUAUUUCUAAGAUAAAUUUCAUUCCUUGGCAUCCAGAAAAAUAUGUAAUUGUUUCAGUGAGUGGUGGGUUCAGUUUUAUUUCUGAGAAAAAAUUUUCAUCUGCCUUACUUUGAUAUAACCAUUUCUGCUGAAAAUGGUGUCAUGUCUCAUCUGACUUCACUGAUACCUCGCCAGUUUUCAUUGAGCCAGUUUUGUCUUUAGUGGGAAACAAAGUUCCUUCUAUGAGUCUCCAAUGGAGAGAUGCUUAAGGUAGAGAAUGCUAGACAUAAGUGGGAAGAUGUGGGUUCAAAACGCCCCAUCAAAACAUAUUAGCAAUGUUUCUAUGGGCAAGUCACCUUCCCAUCUCUGAGACUCUUUCUUUCCUCAUUGGUAAAAUGGGAAAAUAAUAAUAAUUAAUAAUAAUAAUUCUAGUAUCUACCUCACAGGAUUGCUGAGAGGCUCAAAUUGGAUAAGGUAUGUAGAAACCUUAAAGCUAUUUAUCAGAAUUAUUUGGUAAGAUUAUCACUAUUCACUCUUCGGUGGCAUAUCACACUGGGUCAGAAUAUUGCUUUCUUCUGCAGCAACCCAGUGAUCUCAUCAAUAAGAGCUUUCUUUUCAUUGAUGCUGUAGAUGGCUUCCUGACCUGUGCAACUUUGAUGUCUGACUUGCAUAAGCUCCACAGGAUGUGAUCUGCCCAGUUUUACUAGGGUUUUUUUUUUUUUUUUUCCUUUCUUGCGACAUCAAAAGUAACAGUGGAGCAGGAAGGCUAUGCAGAGGCUAGCUUUUUCAUGUUCUGCAUCUUAUUAACGGCAUUUGUAGCUCUGAAGGCAUAAUUUACAUAAAACUGGAAUUGAAACCCACAGCAAGAUUUUUGAACUUGACACUCGGUGUAAGCAUCGAGAACAGUCCCCUUGAUCAUUGAUACUACUAACAAUCACUCACAUUUCUGUGAUCUUCAGAGUUUACAGAGUGUUUCCAUCAUAAAAGCCUUUGGAAGUUAGUUUGUGAGUAAUAUUAUCCCUGUUUCCCAUAUGAAAAAACUGAGACUCAAAAGGAUCUUAUGCACAUGACCAUAAGACCAAUCAGGGUCAGGGAAGGGACCUUAAACCCAGAUCUCCUUGCUCAAAGCCCAACAUUCUUUAAUAAAAUAACGAAUUUAGAACUGGGAAAUACCAUAGAUACUAAUAUAGUGCAGCCUCCUCAUUUUAGAGAAUAGAUCUAGAAUGAUGAAGUUAGUUGCCCAAAACACAGGGCAUUCAAUGACAGAACAGGGAUUUGAACUCAGGUCCUUCAACUUUCCUAUGACAUUGCCUCUACAGCACUGCAUUGCCUCUUCCAUAGACUGACAGCACAGCAUUAAUUUCAUGUUAGUCAAUUCUCUUCAUUUGCAUUUCCUUAAUCCUUUAACUUUAUUCUAUCAUUUGCCUUGUAAGAUAAUAUUAUUUAUAAUGCUGAGGUGAGAAGGAACAAACUAACUGUAAUUUAUAUCAACCCAUCUUUCAUGAAUUGGUCUUGAAUGGGGGUGCAUAAUGUAAUUUCUGGUGUAUCAGAAUCACUGCAAUAAUCCACCUAACUCGAAAAAGAGUGUGAUCUCCUGGAUUUGGAAGUUUGCCCCUCAUAGUCACCUCAUGCUGUUGCUCCAGGAUGCCUGCUUGUUCUGUACUGCUCUUGUUUAUGUCCUCUCCAAAGUUCAACACCUUAACACAAUUUUAUUAUACUUGAGUGAUCCUCGUGCUUGGAUUCAUCCAGAAGGUGCUGUUACCCAUCUGACUUGGCUUCAAUUUUUGUUGCCCAAGACAGCUGCCCUCAGGGAUGCUCUUGCCUCUGAAACGAGGGGUAAAAAAUUUGAAGUGAGAACCAAGCUAUUACAGGAUAUUUUGAGGGACAUUAAACUCCAUUUCUUUCCCCACCUAGUACCACAAAACUGAAAAAUCUAUCUCCCCACUCUAAGAAUGGGGACAAGAAUAUAUUUUCCAGAACACCUGAUUUUAGAACAGGUCAGAAUCCUGUUUGGAAACCUAGGCCCCUGGAAAAAAAGCAAUGCCUACCAAUGCACUAAUUAUCUAGAACUAAGAUAAUAUCUUUCACUGGCAUGACAGUGAAAUCGCUUACUGUAUCAAAAGGAAUACUGCCCUUGGUCUACUUAAUAAUUAAGGUCUUACAUAGGAACAUAUAUGUAGGUGGGAUUUAUGUAUGUUUCUCAUUUUUUUUACAUGACAAUUAAAAUAUCAAAAGAAUACAUAUAGCAUGUGUGAAAACCAAAGCUUUUGUACAUCUUAUAACUAAUCUAAGCCCUUAUGAAAAUGGACAAAACAAUAAAUUUGCUAUAAACAUUAUGAAAAAUCUCUAAGGAAAGUGAGUAGACCAGCAUUAAUACAGAAUUGCUAAAGUGCUUAAACAGAGCAUGCCUCUUUUGUGUCUGAUGUACUCAUGGAUUUUAUUCUAACUUUGUUUUGUGAAACCCCUUCUUCUACAGUUCCAGGAACAUUAGGUGCAGGUAUGUGCUAUAUGACUGAAACUUUUGUUUUUUCUGUUGCUUAUUUACCGUGGAUGUAUUUUAUCCCUAUAUAGAGAUAUGCAUGAAUGAGUCAUGCAGUUGUAUAAUUAUGUAUUGCACCAGUGAUGGUUUAAAAAAGGAAAAAAAAAAAGUUUGGUUUGUGUAUUUGAAAUGUAAGUACAUUUUGUGCCACUAACACUGUGAUGUAUAAAAUGAGCUGUUUGAAUGCCUUUUAAUGUUGUGUUUUGUACUUGGAAUCAUAUUGAAAAGUUUAAUUUGUAAUUUCAAUACAUAUUUUAAAUGAUUGUGUCUUCUCUCACUUUUUAAAAAAAAUUAAAGGGGAAGUCUUUUUCCAGGU